ACCAGUUUGAGAACACAGAUACUCAGUGAGCAGAGCCUGGUUUAGUACCCCAGAAGAUGGAUUGAUUCUCCACAGCCACAGUGAGUGAGGAUGAAGCCGGUUCACAAAAAGAGUGAUAUGGAGCGUUUGGGUGUGUUUAUGGAGAUGAGCUACAUCUCUGCAGGAGACAAGUACACUUCAGCAAACAGCAGUCCAUUCAAUGAGUCAGCAUAUCGAAGCCGCCAGAUGCAGGCGGGUGUCACUAAACAGCUGUGUGCUCUCCAAAGUGGCUUUUUCGACAAGUCCUUCAAAAGGAUUUUUGAGAAAGAAGCACUGAGUGAACCUGUGAGACUGGCUCGGAGGAACCGGAUGCAGCAGGCCAAGAAGAACCUGGGCAAAGCCUUCCUGCCCUGCAGCGGGACCAAGCAGCCCUCUGGUUCUGGUAGUUACUAUGGCACCUUGUCUGGACCAAUAGAAGCCACAAGUCCUCUGUCAGUUCCCAAGAAAGCUCAGCGCUCACCUGGCCGCAACAUUCUCACCUCACCGCCCAAGAAAGGCAGUGGUUACAGUUAUCCUAAUGUCACUCUGUCCAAAAUGGACCCGUACGUUUCUGACCCAUACGACAGAGUCAAAGAAGCCCUUAAGAGGGAGGGAGCAAUCCAUCGCUCCAAACUAAGAGAUGGGCCCUUCAAAACAAAUCUUCACCCACAGGAUUAUUUCCAAGGCAAUCCGUAUCGCAGCCACAAGGUUCUCCCUCCUGCUCAAAAGCCCCUCCAGCCCCAAAAGAACGUCUCCAUGGUUCCCUUCAUGCCCUCCUCUCCCAGCAAACGGAUUGGAGGAAUGAAAGCAGGAACAUUUGAUGCAUAUCCCUCACAUUCUGCUGAUCCAUACGUUAUCCGCCGCUCCAAACCAGCCAAUCAAGAACCAGUGUUUCGUCCUGCUCCUGGUCCCAAGAGCACACCAGUCAAAAGCAUCAUCUCUGUUAAUGUUAACAGAAGAAUCAACCCUGCAAACUAUCGGUACACAACCAUGAUGAAAACCUGAACACUCUGUUGGAGCUGUUGUUUUUUGUUCCAAUAAAUUGGCGCC